AUGGCACCUUCAUUGGUAUCAUCAGAUCCAAUUACUUCUUCAGAGUCAACUGUAAAAACGUUAAACGGCAACAAGCAACAUGUUCAUGGACAUGCCCUCGAUCCCAACUACACCAUAAUAGAAAACCCCAUCGGCACCCGGCGCCCCGUCCGAAUUAUCUGCCUCGGCGCUGGCUAUUCCGGUCUGAUGAUGGGCAUACUCUUCAAUGAGAGGUUGAAGCAUCAAAACACAGAGUUUGUAAUUUAUGAGCGAAAUGACGAUCUGGGGGGUACAUGGCUUGAAAAUCGGUACCCAGGCUGUAAAUGCGAUAUCCCGGCCCAUAACUAUGCAUUUAGUUUUGCACCAAAUUCAGGGUGGCCAAAUUAUUAUGCUACCUCAGAACAGAUCCAUUCAUAUAUGAAAGAUGUUGCAAAACAAUACCAAGUCGAGCAAUAUAUCCGAUAUAAACAUUCAGUGAAAGGGGCUCAGUGGAGGGAGGAAAAAGGGAAGUGGGAUAUUGAAAUUGGGAAGGACGAUGGAAGCUCGUUUAUAGAUGAGUGCGACGUGUUUGUUAAUGCGAGUGGGGUUUUGAACAACUGGCAGUGGCCGUCGAUCGAGGGACUGAACAAAUUCCAGGGGAAAUUGAUUCAUUCGGCGCGAUGGGAUCAGUCCUACGAUUUCACAGGCAAACGAGUCGCCUGCAUCGGUAUUGGAUCAUCAGCCAUUCAAAUCGUGCCACAGCUUUCCAAAGUCGUACAGUCCAUGGACUGUUACGUCCGUAGCCAAACAUGGAUCAGUCCUGCUCCCGGAAUUAAUGAACCAACCGCAAACGAUCCUGACAUGGAUGAGGAAUACAACUUCUCCCAAAAAGCUUUGGAAUUGUUUAAAGACCCUGAAUACUUGCGAGCUUAUCGCUCCGCAUUAAUGGAUCGGCGUCUUGCUAACUAUAACCGCUCCUUAGCCGACUCCGAGGGGCAAAAGGAAGCACAAGAACUCUUCCGACAAUCCAUGACUGCCCGUCUUGGCAACUCUGAUAAGGGCAAAAAGGCAGCCGAGUUGUUGAUGCCCUCUUUCCCACUUGGUUGCCGUCGUCUUACGCCUGGCCCUGGAUUUUUGGAAGCCAUUGUGCAAGAUAAUGUCGAAAUGCGAUGGGAUGAUAUCGACGUUAUCACGGAGCGAGGUAUCAAGACUCGGAGUGGCAGCGAGUUAGAGUAUGAUGUUAUUGUGUGUGCCACGGGUUUUGAUACUACGUUUAAACCUGCGUUUCCGCUAGUUGGACGGAAUGGAAUCAAUAUGGCUGAGAAAUGGGAGGUUGAUCAGCCCAAGGCUUACUUCAGCACGUGUGUGCCAGAUUUUCCGAACUAUUUUUGCUUCGUUGGUCCCAACGCCCCUCUCGCCAACGGCUCUCUCAUCCUUGGUAUCCAAGCCGUGGCAGUCUAUAUCUACAAAUGGAUCGACAAAAUGCAAACCGAAUCAAUCCGCAGCUUCGAAGUCCGUAAUGACGUAAACGAAGAAUACAACCAACACGUGCAAAAAUAUCUCGAGCGCACGGUAUGGACUGGUGGUUGUCGAAGCUGGUAUAAACGUGGCACUGUUGAUGGACCUGUUAUAGCGAUCUAUGGAGGUACGAUUAUUCAUAUGUUGGAAGCGAUGAAGAAUCCACGAUGGGAGGACUUUUCGAUGGACUGGACGGAGGAAGCGAAAUCGAAUCGGUUUGCUUAUUUGGGAAAUGGCUUUACGUUGAGGGAAACGAAGGGGGGGUCCAUUGGGGCGACGCAGACGGUGGAUUUUGAUCGAUUUUGGGAUUUGUGUGUUUUGCCGCAAAUUCAUGAUUGA